AAGUUUCUUCGAAGGGGUUUCUCAGUGGCUGCGGACUUGGACAGAACGUCAGGCAGGGACAAUUUUGAGGGAUUUCCAGACCAAAAUCAUCUACUAUUUUCAAUAAUUCAGACACAAUAUGGACCACUGGUGAGCCAGGCGGGGAUUUAGAUAACGCAGGAGCUGUAAAUAUAGAGGAAAAUUGAGAAAGAAAGCAAAUUUUUUCUUGGAAAAUGUUCACUACGGACUGUACAGCCAUUAAGGAUAUCCGUGCGGGCCUGAAGAACAUCAAUGUGGUGUUUAUUGUGCUGGAAGUGGGAGCAGCUACGGUGACAAAGGAGAAUCGCGAAGUGCGAACAUUUAAGAUUGCUGAUCCCACGGGAUGCAUAAAUUUGUCAAUUUGGGAUGAGCCUGGGAAGCUACUAAUACCCGGGGAUAUUGUACGACUGACCAAGGGGUAUGCAUCCAUCUGGAGACAGUGUUUGACGCUGUACUCGGGAAAGAAUGGGGACAUUCACAAAAUUGGGGAUUUUUGCUUGACAUUCAACGAGCAGCUGAAUAUGAGUGAACCCAAUCCCAGCCUUGCAGUCAUCAGUCAACCGCAGAUGAUUGUGAACAAUGGAGCAAAUCUGGGACCAGCCACUAAUAGUGGCAGCAGCAACAAUGGAACAUCAACAGUCACACGAACCGUUCCGGCCAGUCAGGGUACAUCUCAGACAACAGCCACUGGUAGCAAUGGGGGCAGUGGGGCGGCUGGGAGUAGUGGAAGUGGGUCUGUGAGUGCCUCAAAAGCCACCCGUUUGAGCAGUGGCGAGACAAAGUCCAAGAUACGCACAGGACGCAGCAGUGGCGGCCGGGGGAGUGUCAAGGGAGACAGGAGGUAGUGGUGAGAUGAUGUGUCGGGAUUAUUAUCUAUUUAUGGACAAAUAUAUACAAAGGGAAUUCCCAUUUUCACAUCACA